UAUUAUUUUUAGAGUAUGUAUAUAUUUAAAUAUAUAAAAGAAUAUUGUGCAAGUGUUCAAACAUUGACAGAGAGAGAGAGAGAGAGAGAGAAAGAUAGUGAGACAAUAUAUUUAAUCAUAGAAAUAUAUAGUAUCUAAUAUUUAGACCUAAGAUAAUUUAGUGUUGUCUUUUUUUAAUAAAUAAAUAUUCAACAAUGAAUAAGAUCUAUAAUAUUAUUGCAAGACGAUUGAUCUUUCAAACCACUCGUUUGCUUUAUUCUGGUCAUUAUCAAAUAAGACUUUAUUGUCAUGUCAAUCAUGAUAUUUGGAUGAAUAAUAUUAAACAGGAUGAGAUUAAUUUUUCUAUAAUAAAAAGAUUUAAACACAAAAGGAAAGAUUCGGUAAAGAAAGUACAAGAGGAUGAUUUUAAGUCGGAUGAGGAAAAUGAAUCAGAUAUUGAAUUAGACGAAUCACAGAGUAAAAGUAUAAUAACAGAUAUUAAAGUUAAUUCUUUACGUGUAGAUUCUAUAAUUAAAAAUGCAAUUGGUACAUCACGCAAAAAUAUAGAGACUGCAUUUUAUGAGAAUAAAAUUCGUAUUAAUGAGAAAAAAGUGCUGAAAAUGUCUACAGAGGUUAAACUUAACGAUGAAAUUGAUGUUAUCCGUGAUCGACCUAACAAAAAUAUAAAUCAGCUUAUAAUUUCACGAAUUAAAAUUUUAUCAAUUACUCCAAUAUCGGGUGCUCUUAGGAUAAAAAUAUCUAAAGAUAAAAAUUUAUUAAUCGAUGAUUAUACAGAAUCGUAGGAAAGUUAAAUUGGCCUUAAUCAAUUGAAAAUUUAUGAUACGGGUAUACUUACAUAUGGAAUUCCAAGUAUCCCUUUUGAUGAUAAAUCUUUCAAAUUAUCGAUAAUAUCUUGAAUAUUUGAAAAAGAUUGGAUACGAUCGAAAACAUACUUUUUAUCAACAAUAUCUAAAUAUG